UCCGGCGGCGACACCGAACUGCAGCCCGACCAGCAGAGAGGAAGUCACGGCGGCUACUUGUCUGCUAACUUGCUAAAAAGUAAACAAGUGUGCGGAAUGAGAUGAAAUACAGCCGCGGAUAGAAGAAUCAAAUAUGAAGGAAGACAAAGAAAACGCUCGGCCCAAAGAGAGAAAAGUGGAAAUAAGGUGUGAAGAUGCAGAAAAGACGGAGAGGUCGAAGGAAAAGAAAGAGGCCAUGACAAAGAUUGUGAUCAGACGGCUGCCACCAAGUCUGACCAAGGAGGAGCUGGAGGAGCAGCUACAACCUCUCCCAGAGGUGGACUACCUGGAGUUUUUCUCCAAUGACGCCAGCCUGUAUCCUCACCUCUACGCGAGGGCGUACAUCAAUUUUAAAAAUCAAGAGGAUAUAGUUCUCUUCAGAGAUCGAUUUGAUGGAUAUGUGUUCAUCGACAGCAGAGGACAGGAGUAUCCAGCCAUCGUGGAGUUUGCACCUUUUCAAAAGACUGCCAAGAAAAGAAGUAAGAAGAAGGAUGCAAAAUGUGGAACAAUUGCUGAAGAUCCUGAUUACAAGAAGUUUCUUGAAUUUUACAACGGAGAUGACGACAAGUUGGCAUCAACCCCAGAGACACUGUUGGAAGAGAUUGAGGCAAAAUCAAAGGAACUUGUAGCAAAAAAAACAACUCCUCUGCUGGACUUCUUGAAGAAUAAACAGAGAAUCAGAGAGGAAAAGAAAGAAGAGAGAAGAAGGAGGGAGCUUGAACGCAAGCGCCUGCGUGACGAGGAGCGUCGUAAGUGGAGGGAGGAGGACAGAAGGAAGCGCAAAGAGGUAGACAAGAUGAAGAGACACGAGAAACCCCUGGAGAAAGACAAGGACCAAGUUAAAGAAGAACCAAAGAUUAAGCUCCUGAAGAAGCCAGACAGAAGUGAUGAUGCUGAUUCUGAGAAGCCCAAGGAAAAAGCCAAGAAACCAGACAGGCCAAAUAAAGAGGACAGAUCCAUGGGGGUCGUCGAUCAUAAGAGGCGUCCACACAUUGAAAAUAAGGAGGAUCGAGGGAGGAAAGCGGACGAAGAGGGGAGGAAGGAGUUCAGGGAGCGUGACCCAGAUCGCGACCGAGAGCGCGACAGGGAGCGCGACAGAACGAGAGAGGAGCGGCUGCAGAGAGAGAAGGAGCGCAUCAGGCGACAGGACGAAAAUCGUCGGAGAAGGAGAGAACGUCAGGAUGGAGAGAACUCAUGCAGGAAAAGGGAGGAGGAGGUUAAAAAAGACAAAGAGCGUGCCAGGGAGAGGAAAAAGGGUGAAAACAUUGGAGACUCUUCUCACUCUGAGAGGCCAGAGAGGCCUACCAAAGACUACAAGAAGGAGGAAAGUAAUAAAAGAGACCGUCUACGAAAUAAGGACCGGCCUGCGAUUCAGCUGUACCAGCCAGGGGCCAGAAGCCGCAAUCGAGGUGGCGGAGGAGGAGGAGGAGGCGGAGGAGGCGGAGGAGGAGCGGAAGCCAACUCUUCCGACAGAAUGCUAGAAACUGAGACCGAGAAAGUGGCUGACAAAGGAGACGACUGAGCAGAUCCCUACUUAGGGCAUUUUCAGUGUGGUGAGGAGAGGGAGAGACAGGCCUGUGAGGCUCAGAGCAGCAAUGUGGCGCAUCAGGGCGACGUGCACUGCAGUUCAAUCAGGACUGCAUCCGGCUCUCCCGGUCUCGGAGGCAGAGAUGUGGGUGCAGAGCCUCUUAGUGCCUGAAUGUGACCCUUGUUUUAUUUGUUAGGAAAGGUAACCGUAACCUUUGGCUUAUAGUUUGGCUGUAGGGCACAUUAGUCGAAGCCAAAGCUUUCUUGGACAACGUGAACUCAAAGUGACCUUGCUUCAGUAUUGUUUAUCUGAUUUAAUACAAACUGCAAACAAUGGCUUUCAACAUGUUAACCCAUAUCACAGUUGUUAACUUCACAAUUAAUCAAUAUCUCGACAUUGCCAAGCACAUCAAUAUUGUUUCUUCGCUGUCAUGAAUUAAAUUUAUGUUGUAGCAUUGACCUGUUCAAUUUGAAGUGAAAACAUGGAAAUCUUACUCUGCCUGGGGACCGAGACAAUCUAAAUGUAUGUGCAGAACUGUUAUUAAAUCUUUUUAUGGUCAGUAGCUGUUAAUUUGUCUGGUAAACUGAAGUACAUAGCCUGUACUUAACUGGGUUUGGGAUCAUGUGUUUUGUUCUUACAUUCAUACAGUGACAGAGAGGAAACAGCCAUUUCAGACUAGACUGCCAUGUGACAGCCAUGCCUGCAUGCAAGCUUCAAUCAGAGGGAUCAACCAGUGGCCUUCCUUACUUUUUUUCUAAACUGAAUCUCCCCUUAAACAUGAAUGUGUGAUGCACUAAACUGAAUAAAGCAUGAGAACACAGAACGGCUGCUGAUGCUUAUGUACAGUAGCCACGUUUGACUGGAAAUAAAAUAAGUCUUUG